AUGAUUGUCGGAUGUAGAUGGGUAUUUACCAUAAAACACAACGCAAGACUUGUGGUGAUAGGGUACACACAGACUUAUGGUGUAGAUUAUGAAGGAACCUUUGCACUAGUUGCAAAAUUGAACACAGUCAGAGUCUUACUGUUCCUCGCAGCUAAUUUGGACUGGCCACUACACCAGUUUGAUGUAAAGAAUGUUUUCCUACAUGUAGAACUCACAGAGGAGGUGUAUAUGGACAUUCCUCCUGGAUAUAAUACUACUUAG